GCCCCCAGGAUCCAGGGGACAGUGCAUCCCUGGGCACUGUGGCUGUGAGGGGGCAGGGGCCACCCCGGUCCACGCUGCCCUGAGGCCGGACUCGCUGUGCCGUAGAUGCGGCUGCUGGACGGCUCGGUGAGCGUGGGCGGAAGCCAGGCCUACGUCCCCCAGCAGGCCUGGACUAUCGAGGGCAGCAUCAUGGAGAAUAUCCUCAUGGGGAGCCAGCUGGACAAGGCCCGGUACCUCCAGGUGCUCCGCUGCUGCUCCCUGAACCGGGCCCUGGAAAUUCUGCCCUUCGGAGACCUGACGGAGAUCAGGGAGCGGGGCCUCAACCUCUCCGGGGGGCAGGAGCAGAGGAUCAGCCUGGCCCGCGCCGUCUACUCCGACCGCGAGAUCUACCUGCUGGAUGACCCACUGUCGGCCGUGGACGCCCGUGUGGGGAAGCAGGUCUUCGAGGAGCGCAUUAAGGAGACCCUCCGGGGGAAGACUGUCGCCCUGGUGCCCCACCAGCUGCAGGUGACCGCCCGGCUGGAAAAUCAGCUCACGAAGAAGGAGAAGAGCGAAGAAGGGUCACUGAGAUGGCGCGUCUGCCACCACCCACCACGUUACAUGGUCUCUACCAUGUCUUUCCUUCUCAUGCUGAUUUUCAUCGUCUUUAUCCUCUUCGACUUCUGGUGGCUGAGCUGUUGGCUGGAGCAGGGCUCGGGGGCCAUCAGCAGCCAGGAAAGCAACAAAUCCUCCGCAGACCGAGGCGACAUACUGGGCAACCCCCAGCUGCUCUUGUCUGAGCCGGUGUACGGCCUCGGCACCCUGUGCACGAUCCUCACUGGGGUGUGCUCCUCGGGGGUGGUCACCAAGAUCACGAGGAGAGCAUCCUCCGUCCUUCACAACAAGCUCUACGGCAAGGUCUCCUGCUGCCCCAUGAGCUUCUUCGACACGACCCCCACAGGCCGACUCCUGAACUGCUUCGCGGGGAACCUGGAUCGGCUGGACCAGCUCCUGCGGGUCGUGAUGGAGGAGUUUCUGCUGCUGUCCCUGGGGGUCGUCCUCAACCUGCUGAUGGCCGCCGUGCUAUCUCUGUACAUCUUGCUCGUAGGGGUCCUCAUGGCCAUCCUGUGCAUCACGUACUAUGUGAAUUUCAAGAGGGCCAUCGACGUGUUCAAGAGCCUGGAGGUCUAUCACCGGUCACCUCCGGUCUCGCACAUCCUCACCUCGCUGCGCGGCCUCAGCUCCACCCCCGUCUACGGAAAAACGGAAGAUUCUGUGAAGGAGUUUGAAGAGCCGAUCGACGUACAGAGCAGCUACCUGCUGAUGCUCCUGUCGUCCACGCGAUGGGUGGCACUGAGGCUGGAGCUCGUGACCAACGUGGUGACCUUGGUCGUGGCCUUGUUCGUGACUUUCGGCACUUCCUCGGUCCCCUAUUCCUAUAAAGCCAUGGUUAUCAACUUAAUUCUGCAGCUGGCGGGCAACCUCCAGGCCACCGCCUGGAUGUGCUUGGAGGUGGAGGCGCACUUCACCGCGGCAGAGAGGAUUCUGCAGUACAUGCAGUUGUGUGCUCCUGAGGCUCCUUUACACAUAGAAGGCAACGGCUGUCCCCACGGGUGGCCGCAGCAUGGGGACAUCACGCUCCAGGAUUAUCAGAUGAGACACAGAGAGAACACACCCUUCAUUCUCCGGGGCAUCGGCCCGACGAUCCGCGGCCGGGAAGUGGUGGGCAUCGUGGGAAGGACGGGCUCCGGGAAGUCCUCCUUGGCGGUGGCGCUGUACCGCCUGGUGGAGCCCACGGCGGGCCGGAUUCUCAUCGACGGCGUGGACAUCUGUAGCAUCGGCCUGGAGGACCUGCGGUCCAAGUUCUCCAUCAUCCCUCAAGAUCCUAUCCUGCUCUCAGGAACCAUCAGGUUCAACCUGGACCCUUUCGACUGCCACACGGAUGAGCAGACCUGGGAGGCCUUGGAGAAGACUUUCCUGAGCAGCACGAUCUCAAAGUUGCCCCAGCAGCUGCGGGCAAAAGUGGUGGCAAAUGGGGCGGACUUCUCCGUGGGGGAGAGGCAGCUGCUCUGCAUCGCUCGAGUGAUCCUUCAGAAGCCCGAGAUCAUCAUCAUCGAUGAAGCCACGGCCUCCAUCGACAUGGAGACCGACAGGCUCAUCCAGUACACGAUCCGCGAGGCCUUCUGGGGCUGCACGGUGCUGGUCAUCGCCCACCGCGUCACCACCAUCCUCAGCUGUGACUGCAUCCUGGUCCUGAGUAGCGGGAAGGUCGUCGAGUUUGACAGGCCCGAGGUCCUGCAGAAGCAGCCCGGGUCAGUGUUUGCGUCCCUGCUGGCCGCGGCCCGUUCAGUGGGCUGAGGAUCCGCCCGGAGGCUGGCAGCUGGGCACGCCGGCCCCACCAAGCGCUCGGCUGCGAGGCCUGUGGUCUGUGACCUUCUGGCCUAAAAAUGGCUACUUCUCCCGAAAGCAGGGCUGGAAUGGGCUGAGGUGUGGGUGCCGGUGACGGGAUGGAAGCAGAAGUUGACGGAGCCCCUCUGUAGCUCCCCAAACCUGAGAGCCCCGGCAUCG